CUGUGAUUGGCACCCGAGGAGGAGGAGGAGGAGGAAGGCGCGGAGCAGCCGCGGGGCCCGCCAUCCCGCGGCGGCGGAGCGGCGGCGCCCGGGAGGAUGCCGGGGAAGCGGAGCUCGGCGGGCGGCGGCGGUGGCGGCACCACCGAGCUCCCGGGGGCCGGCGCGCCGCGGCAGCGCAGGCGGCGGAGGAAGGUCUCCUGCUUCUCCAGCAUCCAGCUCUUCCUGGUGUCCGAGUGCGCCCUGAUGCUGGCCCAGGGCACGGUGGGAGCCUACCUGGUGAGUGUUUUAACCACCUUGGAGCGGCGAUUCAACCUUCAGAGUGCUGACGUGGGCGUCAUUGCCAGCAGCUUCGAGAUUGGCAACCUGGCCCUCAUCCUCUUCGUGAGCUACUUCGGGGCCCGAGGACACCGACCACGCUUAAUAGGAUGUGGAGGGAUAGUCAUGGCCUUGGGUGCCCUCCUUUCCGCGUUGCCUGAAUUUCUGACCCACCAGUACGAAUAUGAGUCGGGAGAAAUACGCUGGGGGGCUGAAGGGAGGGAUGUGUGUGCUGUCAACGGGUCCUCCAGCGAUGAGGGACCAGACCCAGACCUUAUCUGCAGGAAUAGAACUGCUACCAACAUGAUGUACUUGCUGCUCAUUGGAGCACAGGUCCUCCUGGGCAUUGGUGCUACCCCUGUCCAGCCCCUGGGAGUUUCCUACAUCGACGACCACGUGAGGCGGAAAGAUUCCUCCCUGUACAUAGGGAUCCUGUUUACGAUGCUGGUAUUUGGACCAGCCUGUGGAUUUAUCUUGGGCUCCUUCUGUACCAAAAUCUAUGUGGAUGCUGUCUUCAUUGACACAAGUAAGCUGGACAUAACCCCGGACGACCCUCGGUGGAUCGGUGCGUGGUGGGGAGGCUUCCUGCUGUGUGGUGCCUUACUCUUCUUCUCGUCCCUGCCGAUGUUCGGGUUCCCGCAGUCGCUGCCCCCGCGGCCGGAGCACGCCGGGGAGAGCGAGCAGGCCAUGCUUCCCGAGCGGGAAUACGACAGGCCCAAGCCGAGCAACGGGGUCCUGCGGCACCCGCUGGAUGGGGAGAGCAGCACGACCUGCUUCCAGCAGCUGCGAGUGAUCCCCAAAGUAACUAAGCACUUGCUCUCCAAUCCUGUCUUCACCUGUAUCAUCCUGGCAGCCUGCAUGGAGAUCGCGGUGGUGGCCGGGUUCGCUGCCUUCCUUGGAAAGUACUUGGAGCAGCAGUUCAACCUCACCACCUCAUCUGCCAACCAGCUCCUGGGGAUGACAGCAAUUCCAUGUGCAUGUCUGGGCAUAUUCCUGGGUGGCCUCUUGGUGAAGAAGCUCAGCCUGUCUGCUCUGGGAGCCAUCAGGAUGGCCAUGCUGGUGAACCUGGUGUCCACAGCUUGCUACGUGUCUUUCCUGUUCCUGGGAUGUGACACAGGACCUGUGGCAGGGGUUACUGUUCCCUAUGGAAACAACUCAACUCCAACCUCAUCUCUGGACCCAUAUUCCCCCUGCAAUAACAACUGUGAAUGCCAAACUGAUUCCUUCACUCCAGUCUGUGGGGCAGACGGGGUCACAUACUUAUCUGCCUGCUUUGCUGGCUGCAGCAGCACGAACCUCAGUGGCUGUUCGUGCCUCACCUCGGUCCCUGCUGAAAAUGCCACCGUGGUUCCUGGCAAAUGCCCCAGCCCCGGCUGCGAAGAGGCCUUCCUGACAUUCCUCUGCGUGAUGUGUGUUUGCAGCAUGAUCGGGGCCAUGGCACAGACACCAUCAGUCAUCAUCCUCAUCAGAACCGUAAGCCCUGAACUCAAAUCUUACGCUCUUGGGGUGCUUUUCCUGCUGCUCCGGUUGCUGGGUUUUAUCCCACCUCCACUGAUCUUUGGGGCUGGAAUCGACUCCACGUGUCUGUUCUGGAGCACGUUCUGUGGCGAGCAAGGAGCCUGCGCCCUGUACGACAACGUGGUCUAUAGAUACCUGUAUGUUAGUAUUGCUAUAGCCCUGAAGUCUUUUGCAUUCAUCUUAUACACAACCACCUGGCAGUGCUUGAGGAAAAACUAUAAAAGAUACAUCAAGAACCACGAAGGUGGUCUCAGCACUAGUGAGUUUUUUGCCUCUACUCUCACCCUAGACAAUCUGGGGCGGGACUCGGUGCCCCAAAAUCAACCACAUAGGACAAAAUUUAUCUAUAACCUCGAAGAUCAUGAGUGGUGUGAAAACAUGGAGUCUGUUUUAUAGUGACUGUGGAGGGGUGAACUAUAUUAAUAAUACAAGGGUCCUUUUUAAUAAAAACAAGGAGAGAGCACGAAUGAAGAUACACAACUGCAAAACAACAACAGCAACACAGGAAACUUUUGUCUUUUUCUCAAAGUCAGACCCAGCCAUGAUUCUUGAGAACAGCAUCUUCUGAUGGGAUCGCUUGUGACAUCCUGCAGGGUGAUGGAGAAAGCAGGGAGCCAUUUGUGGCUGGGUACCAGCCCCCUUGAUGACAGUACGAGCUCCCAAGGAGGGCAUCUGCAGAGGUUCACUGGAGAGCUCAGCACAUGGACAGGCUUGGGCAUGAGGCGUAGAGAAAGCGAGGUGAUGAUGGCAAUAGGUGUUUGCAGUUGCAAACUGGGGUCCUGGGGGUGUGUGGAGCCCCCACAGCGUGGGCUGAAGGGUUGGCCAGUCUGGGUGCUGCUGCUCAAACCUGCUGUGCUCUGCAGUGGUAAAGAGGGAGCGAUGCUGGAUUCGUUCCACCCGUCACACUCUGUCACCAGCCACGAGUCCACGAUAAAUACCUUGAAAGCUGCUGGAAACCUUCCCGGUGGCGAGCAAUGCUGUCAGGGGUAUCCAAGUCCUUCCAGCCCAGGCUUAUUCGCAGAUUGCAGCUCUGUGGCUGUCUGUGAAUAGCUGCGCUCAGAUCUCAAACCCAGUAGAGUUCAAGACAUUUGCUCACACUUGCCAAACAUGCUGUCAUUUUUAAAGGGGGAUGAGUUCCAAAUACUUAUCUGCGUAGUCCUCUAAUAAGAUGUUUUUUAAAAUUACUUUCAGAUCUACAUUAACCCUUAAUUGGCUGACACUUUUCCAUAGGGAGGAUUUAUUUAUGCUAGUUUGGGGAAGGAUCCUGUUUAAUUCACCCAAACGUAACGUGACUCAAGGGGUUUGUUUAAUCCUCUGCGUUUUUUAUCCAUACGCCUUCAUCCUAAUAUGCUACCAAGCCAAUGAAGACACAUAAUAUGUUUUUAAAAAAGAGAACGAAUGCACUGUGUCUCUAUAAAAACAAUUGUCAGUUGGAGAAUUAUAGAUAAUAUGAUGAUUUACAUAAUAUAGUUUUUUCAUAUUCUAUGUGACUCAGUGAAUACAUAUAUAUGUGGAGAGGCUGUUUAUGUUCUCUCCGGUUUUUAAAGAUAUAUAUAUAUAUAAUUUGCAAUCUAGAAAUUGUGUGGUGGAUGUUUUCUUUAAAGUGUGUGUGUGUGUGUGUGUGUGUGUGUGUAUGUGUACAAGAUGAGAGGAAUACUGACCUUAAUCCUUUAACCCUCACAACUGGCAUUUUAUUUUCCACGUGAGAAAUUCUACUGAUUUCAGUGGAAGCCCUGUGAGGAAGACGGAAUAACCUCCCCUCCUGGAAGCCACGUUUUGCCCCUAGAUGUGGAAAUAGUGUUCCUCUGGAAGGCUGGGUUAUGGGAGCAGAGGCUGGCCAGCAUUGAGCAACUCAAACUUUCAUUCAGCUCCCUGGGAAGCAUCCAUGCAGGAGCAGAUUUGGCUUUGUUCUUGCAAUGCAGUCUUACCUAAGCCUGUAAAAAUCAUGGGGGAGCUUUCAUCUGAUUACAAGAAACAUGGGGGUCAGGCUUAUUUUGUAUGCAUAUUUUUGUUUUCCAACACAUUCCUACCGGGAAGCAAUACAAAUUGGUGGUGUCCGAUGAAUCUUUCCCCAGGAACCAGACCCACUUCCAAUGGACUAAAUGUCAGAAGGGUUUUAAGGGUUAGCAUCAUAACAAAGAGCUCCUUUUUUUUGUUUGACUUUUGAAGCUGUUGUGAACUUGAGGAUGUUUAGAAAAAGUAUCCUGGCAUGUCGAGUCAAAUGCUGGAGGUCACUUUCGUGCAGCUGGUGGAGGGGCCGAUCUUCCCCAAGUCCUUGUCCAUUGCUGGCAGUGGACACCCCAGACCUGGCACAAUUACAGAGGGUUGAUAACUUGCCACUCAUAUUCAACACCUUUUUAGCAGACUUUACUUUCAUCUAGGCAUUGCAACAUGGGUGUGGGGUAUCAGACUGCUUCCACUUGACUGACUUUACAUGUGUCUUUGUAACUUAUGCACAGCAUUAUAUGUUCAGCAACAAUAAGGGCAGGAAAAAAGGGUGUAUCAAAUAAACUCCACUGUGCCAAAUACUCCACAAAUAUUGUAACUGCAGAUAUUUGAUUCUUGGGUUUCAGCCAUGUUAAGAAUCACUUGAUUGAUGAAGGAGUUUAAGGAAAAAAAAGGGUUAUUAAGCUAUGCAGUGCCAUUGUUACGCUGGGUGGUAAAUGAUGCUUUUUAGAUCAUUAGGUUGGUUUAGUAUAUCCUGUCUGCUAAAAUAGAGAUACUGCAUCCAUAAAACAAUGAAUUUACAAAAGGCACAGGGUGCAUAACUGUCUCAUAGAAUAUAUAUAAUUGUCAAGUAUAAGCCUUUGAAAUCAUUCUGUACAGUUCCCUUCAUUCUGCAGAUUUAUUACUUAGACUGCUGUCUUUUCAAAUGUUAGCUCAUAAUUUUAUACUAUACACACACAUUCAGACUCAGAACACAAAUGUCACAGAAUAGAACCUUUCUAAAAGCCUGAUUGCUUGAAAUUCCAUAACCCCUUUCACAGUUUCAUGAUUUUCCCCUCUGAAAGUCCAAGGUGAAGGAGAAUAGCAUGCUGACAUGAUGCAAACAAAACAAACUCCCAGUGUUCACAGGCUGUGGUUUGUCAGUACAGUCAAAAGUCCCCCUUGACCGGAGUUAUAGAAACAGGAUUCCAGGGCACAUAAUGGUUUCGUUUCUAUUUUUGUUUAUUUUUUUUCAUUUGAUCUCUUCUCUUAGUAUGCAUGGGGGAUGCAGUUGAAUGGGGUUACUUACAUUAUUUUUAAGCUCUAACUUGAAAUUCGUAUGUGGUUGUUAUUUUAUUUCUUUUGAUAAUGCAACUUUUGAAAAGCUUCCUCCCCAUCCCACUCUUUUUUUUUUCCAAGGUUGUAUCCAAUGCCCGCAUCAUGAAGGGCUUUGCUGUCAGUGCUUUGGUAUAGACUUAAGAACAGAGCUUUAGCUUAAAGAAAAUACACAGACCAAAAGCUUCAUCCAUCCCAGCAGGCAUUUUGGGUUUUUUUCUGAUUUCAAAACCACAAGCCAGUUUUUCCUGCAACCCAGUUUUUGUUAUAGAAUAAUAAAUUAAGAGUGUCACACUCCUGCUUCCCAAAUUGCAAGUAUGGGCCUUUGCCUGUCAGCACUUGGCUUCCAUUCCUCAACUGCCUUAACAAUGCAGGAGACUUAAGAGCAAGGAUGGAGUUAGAAUGGAAUGGUGGAAUUUUUUUCCCCAUAUUCACAGGGAACUGAAAUUCAGGGGUUUGUUGAGACCUCAGUCUCAGCAGAAAUGUUAUUUUGACAUUUCCAAGCACUGUGUUCCCUGUGUGGCUGUCUGCUAAGGAAUGGGAUUUUUGAAAAAAUAAAUUACUUGAGAAUCCCAGUCUUUCUGGGAUUGCGCAGUGGCCUUGCAUGACUUCAGGUUGGGGUUUCCUUUCCCUUGCACAGAUCCCACCUUGGUGUGGCCCUGGUGAAAUCAGAAGGGCACCCCAAUCUAAAAUUGGUGCAGAUGACACUAGAAUCAGUUUCUUUGCACCCUUGUUAAAAAGGUGAUGCAUUUACAGAACCUUCUUUUUAUACAUACAGAAAUCAUCCACUUUCCUGACUUUGCCCAGCACAUCUUGGAUGUAGGAUGGGCCCGAAAAGGCCAUCACUUGAAUUACCACUUGAAUAUCAUAAACCUUCCAUUCCUUGGGAAUUCAGCUAACAGGGACCUCCCACUGCCAUACCCUUGCAAGGUCCCUUGAACUCCUCUGUGCUGCUAUGGUUUAUCUUGAUUGGGUCUCACCUUGCUCAGAAGGUGAGAAGGGAAAGAUGCAGAGAGGAAUUAGCUUCCAUUAGGUGACUUAGCUGUAUUUCAAAAUGCUUCUGAGUUGAACUGAUGGUCUGCAGACAUUUGGAAAGUGAUUGGAGUAUUUCCAAAUGGCUGAGAUGCAUUGACUUAUUUUUCCUUGAAAAAAAAAGAAAAGAAAAGAAAAGAAAAAGUUUAAAUUAAGGGAAUGAAAGAGAUUUGGAGUCCCUCCUAUCCCCAUCAGAGUUUUAUGUUCAUCACAUUGCUGUUGGAGGCAACGUACUUAAGGUUCAGCUUUGUGUCUCAGAUAGACACAGUAAAUGUGGUCCUAGGACACAGAAAGGCGACUCCAUCUCAAAACCAGCAGUUUUACUCCAAAGCCAACCUAAGACAACCUAAAGCUACCAGCUAAAGCUACAAGCUUUAGCCCCCAAUCCAGCCAUGGCUGUUGCUGCCAUGCGAGUUUGUCACAGCUCAUUAUGCUGGGCCUGGUAUUUUCUUAAGACUUAGUUAGACAUUCUUGGUUUGAUGUUCAUUUUAUUCUUGGCAGGUGAUGUGGAGAAUUGUCAGUAUAAAACAUACAUGCAAAUGCUUCACUGGACUGAUGUGAUAACAGCUUUGUCUCUUUAUUGACAAGGGUUUCCAGACUUAAUUCCUGCUCUCCCUUUAGACACAGCCAUGCUCAUCUAUCCCCCUAAUUUCAUGUGAACUGUGUUUGCAGACAGAACCAGGUUUGUUCUUGUUCUCUCUCUAGAUCUGAUUAAUACAUGCAAAGCUCACAGGCUUUCUGUGCAUAGGGCAGAGCACCCCUGUGUAUAAGCAAUAAUACUGACCUCCCAUCUGCAUUAGGAGUUCUGGCUUUUCUUACCUAAAUCUGAGUUCACCUCUCCCAGUAUCCCAUACUGCUGCUGGGACUCGCCUGUUUUGUUUGGAAGCAACUCCAGGAGACAGGCAGCCAAGACCCAGUUGGUGGGAACAGAAGCAGCAGUUUAUUAAUAUGGACAAUCAUAUGACGGGAGCCUUUGGCGUGAACCAGGCUCAGUUGUGUUAUCCGAUGGUUGAGAUUGAUCCGAGGAGGAAAGGACAUUGUAGCUGAGCCCUUUGGUGUCCCUGAAAGGAUUAUCCACCCUUCUGAGCUCCUGGAUAGCCCUGCCUCCCCCAGACCCAUUUCUUCCUUUCUCCAGCCACAGUUCUUCCUUCCCCUUGCUGGCAAACCACAGCUCAGCAAUACCAAGUCAAUACAAGGCAUUCAGAGUUACUGAGUGGCAUUUACAUUUGCCUGGGAUGCCAGCAGGUCUCACUUAGUGUUACAGAUGCUCAAAAUAUUAUAGUUUGUUCUGCUUAUAUACACUAAAUCUAUUUCUUCUAGGCUGCAAAUUAUGUUUUCUAUCAUUCCAUUGACUUUUCUAGCCAAUCUGGGUCUUAAUACAAUUGCUUUGCUGAAAAAUGUCCUUUCAGCAGAUCUUAGACAUGAGGUACUUCUUUAUUAACUAGUGAUGCCAAGUAAAAUCUUUGGCCAUUGUCUGUUCCCUGGAUCCAGUGGAGCAGGAGGAAGCUCUGCCUGCUCAGAAGCAAUACUGGUAUUUUCUGUGGCAGAGUAUGAACCUGGACAGCUUUUCUUUGAGCUUUAGUCUCGUCACAGCUGCUCAUCUAUGGGCAUCCCUUGGUCCCAGAAGGACACAGGGAAUUCAGGAGAAGUCACAUGGACAGAAGAAUCCAUUUGGAUGGCUGCACAAGUAGGACCAUAGGAUGUUUGUAGUGUUCAUGCUGUUCUGCUUGUCAGAACCUUGCUUCAGUCUCUGCUUGUUUGAUGAAUGGAGUGACCCCAGGGAUGGGGUCUUUGGAGUACAAUGAAUUUGUGAUAUUUAACCCACUUUAUUCAGAUUAAGUGUGGCAGAGAAGGCUGUCCCACCCUAGGAAGGAAAAUAUUAGCCAUGCCCUGACAGUUUGGAGUGCUGGGCUUGUUCUACACGAAGCUGGUGUCUGCAAAUGGCAGAAAGCAAUAAGAAACUUGUGAGCUCCAACCCAGCAAAUAAUCUAUAGCAACUUCAUAAAUGAAUUUUCCCUUUUAUUUCUUUCUUGUAAAUUGCUGAGAGAACCAAGAAAAUGCUUCCAAGUGCAUUUGCAAGGUCGUUUCUGCAUAUCAUCUGUGGUCUGGAGGGGUUGGAAAAGCUUUCUUGUAAUUCAUACACAUUGGUUUGUUCUGGCUGGACACAGAAAUCACACGGGAUAUUUCUGCUCCCUGAGUUCCCUAUACAGGAAUUUUCUCAUCAGUACAAAUGUUUAGUUCAAAAGUAUGUGAUUAGGAAUUGAGUAAGAGGAUCCUUGCUCAGUGCCAGUGGGCAGGGCACCACUGAAUGCACACUUGCUCCAGGACAGCCAAAGUGCUGGCUUCCAACUCACAGUCCCCUUUCCAGGAAUAUUCUCUCACAGAUGCUUGAAAUUCUCAGCCUUUCCUAAUGUUCCUACCAGUUAACACAUUCAUUUGAGUAAUUACUGAAAGCAAACACCAGAAGGGUAUGAACCCAGAUGAAACCAAAUUGCUAUUGAGGUGAAGCAGGUGGUGUAAAUUCUAUUUGCGAUGUUUGCACAGCUCUUGGAUUGGAAGCAAAAACCUCUUGGGAAUUAAGAGAGUUGUAUAUGGCCUAACAUCUUAGUUCUUCCCAACUGAACUGCCCAUUGGUGGGACAGCAAAAGACAUCUUUCCCUGCCACAUAUAUCUUAGCCCUUGAAACCCCCUUUUCUUUUGCAGUACGGCAUCGCACAAAUACCAGUGCAUUUACCCCUCAGUGCUAUGUUUUUGGUGCCUCACAACUCUUUAACUGUGAACUUGAAGGGAAGAAAUGACCCCUGUUCUUCGCCCACAACGCUUCCUGCCUGAUCAGAGGAGGAUGGUGAUCCCUCUGGACGACUCACAGCCGUUUCCCUGAAGUCUUAUCCAACGGUGCUCUGUGAUUGCAGGUGGCCUGUUCGCUGUGCUCAGGGGUCUGUAACUUAUCUACAGCCCCAUGUUGCCUUCACUAUGUUCUUGGUGCAAAGCACAGUGAGGAGGUUGUGCAUGACUGCCCCUGACAGAUGCUAAGGGCUGCUGGUGGUCUGGGACCACCAGGAUUUGGGAGUCUCCAUGUUAGCACAUGGAAGCAGCUUCCCUCACCUACUUUUGGGAAGGAGCUGUCUCAGAGCAGGUUCAGUGGGAAGCUGGAGCAGCGCUUGGACCGCACAACAGGGGGCCUCUCCGUUCACUUCGGUACCACAUCUGUAGGGAGGAGGGGUGGGGAUGGAGCAGGGGAAGAGCUGUGACCUUUUAAAACCCAUAGUGCCUACCACUGCAAAUGGAACGCUGUAUUGUAUUAUAUUAUACGUGACUACCAUGUAAAUAAAGUACAAUAAAUGUGGUGUUCGUUAGGAUUUUGAUACAAGUCAAAUGCAGUCUGCAGAAAUGUGGUUUUUUUCCCUGCUGUAGGUACUUAUAUCACAUUCCAGGCACGGGGACGUUUGGAGUUGUGUGAGCUAGCAAUGCAUAAAUGGCAUUAGAUGGGGAAUGUUUGCAGUAAGACUGUUUUAAAAUUCCUUUUGCCCUGUAUAGAUGAGACCCAAACACCAUCUGAAAACCAGCCAGAAGGGAGGGAGUGGGGGCAGCUUAAACAGGCAGGAGGAGAGCAGCUUGUGAUGAGGUUUUGAGCAGAAGCAACUGCUGCCCAUUCAAUCCUUAGCCAUGCUUCAUUCAUGGUGGAGGGAAAGCAAAGUUUCAGUCUGGCUGAUUUCUCCUUGCUUUGUUUUCCUGCUGCAGAGGUUGACCAGCAGCAGAUGCCCUGCCUGUGUAACCUGGUCACCCCCCACCCCUGAGAUCCCUUAGUGGCAGCUACAGCUGAGCAAACUUGACAGCUUAAAAUUCAAAGCAGAUUGAGAAAGAAGUUCUGUUCUUAACCAGCUGGCUCCUCUGUGUCUCUGGCAGAGAUUGAGGAGCUUGUGUUUUUGGCUAAUAAGAAUAUUAGGAACUUACUUUGUUCCUUAACCCACUCCCUUCUCCAUCCUUCUGUUACUCCAUGGUGUAAUAAAUAACACAUUUCUGAGAGGAAGGUCUGCCAUGUGCCCUCCAAUCCUGAUGAAUCUCUUAACUGGGUUGAUGGUGGGAGUUUCUCCAGGCUUCAGAAGCUCAGGACUUCUCUGACAAGUGUUUGCAACCAGUGUGUGGCUGUAAUUUUCCAUUGGUGCUUGGAGGAUGCUUCCACACUGAUUGUCUUUUUGGAGAACAAGACCACCCCAUGCAGUUUGUUACACCUAUGGCUCAAAACUCCCCUGCAGAGCUCUCUGCAGGGUCCACAACACUGGAGGAGUAUCUACCUGCCUCUGUACCAGACCAGUCCGUGAUGUUUGUCCCUCAUACCAUUGCUGUCCUUUACAGUCACCUGGGCAGAGCAGCAUCUGUGGGUGGUUGGUUGUGGAGAAGGUUCAUCCUGCACAGCACAUCUCCCACAGAUGGUCUGUAGCAGCUUGUGUGGGACCUGGAUGAGCCCAUGUGCCACUGCCCCUGCAUCACGCUGUGGGUUACUCUUUUCCUACAGUGCCCAAGGAAAAGAAGUUCUUAAAAAGGUCUUUGAAGUGUGCUGUUUUGACUGCUGGUAAUUUUGCAGGUGUUUAGCAGCACUUCCAAAAACAACCAAAACCUGGUUUGGAAAAGGAUAUGUUUCACUGUACAAUUGAUUUAAAGAAAAAAAAAAAAAAAAAAAAAGAAAGAAAGAGAAACCACAUGCUCGAUAUAUUUUGAGUACUGUGUUCUGUAUUUUUGCAGCUUAUAUUUUCCAGAUGAGCAGUUUAGAAAUAAUGUGAUGUGAAAUACAUACUGUAAGUUUGCUGUAAAUUAUAUUAAAAUCACUAUUUUCA